AUGACGGUAAAUCAGUGCGGUUUAUCAUCUUCAUCAAAAAUGCGCGCUUCUUAUGGGUCCAGUUCUAUUCAAACUGCGCUAAAGAUGUUUUACUUUGCGUUGUCUUGCUACUGCGGUUGUACUACAGCGAUGGUAUUACCAACUCAAUCGUUGUUCAAUAAGCAAACGGCAACAUUCAACGUAACAAAUCCAGUGUAUCUGCAGAACAUUAAACCGAAGAAAGUACUCGCAGUGCUAGAGGAAACGUUCAAAGAAGUGCUUGCAGAGACACAGAAUGAAACAUCCAGUAUCACAGACCAAGGGGAAAACCAUCGUCGUCGUCGUAUGCUCCAGACAGAUCGGAAUAUGCUUACAUUGACGGGAAACCAAGAAAGAAGACUAAAGACGAAACGUAUCAAGGCAAUCAUCAAUCAUUUUCCAUCCAAAGCAGUUUAA